GGGAACAGCGAGUCCCACAGUGAGAUGUCAGGUUUCUACUUUUGACAUUUUGGUUUUGGAGAAUCACCAUGAAGUACCGCACGGUGGUCAUGUACGUGGAGAUCGGCUGCUUUGUGUCCUGCCUCUGUGGCUGGAUCUUGGUGUGCUCCACUCUUCCCACAGAGUACUGGACUUUCUCUGAGGUGGGGAGCAUCGUGCUCACCACCGCCAACUACUACUCCAACCUGUGGAGGGACUGCAUCUCCGACACCACUGGGGUCUCUGACUGCAAAGACUACCCUUCUAUGCUGGCUCUACCGGUGUUCCUGCAUGCCUGCAGGGCCCUCGCAGUCUCCGCCGUCAUCACCGGCUUCUUUGGGGGGGUCCUCACAUUGAUAGGGAUGAAAUGCACUAAAAUUGGCGGAACAGAAGUAAUAAACGCCAGGGUGACAUUUUCUGGGGGCGUCACAUAUUUGGUUUCCGGGUUCUGUGGCAUGAUCACCUACUCCUGGUGGGCCAACAGAGUCGUAUCAGAGUUUGUGGAUCCAAACUUCAAGGCACAAAAAUUUGAAAUCGGAGCUGCAGUUUUCAUUGGCUGGGGAGGCUCCAUUCUUCUCAUUUGUGGAGGCUCGGUUCUGGUUUACUUCUCUGGGAAAGAAGGCCUUAAAUCCAGCGGGUCAAAGAAUCGACGAAGACCGGCGUCCUACGCCUCAGCUCGCACCAGACGGACAUAUAUGCAACCGCCAACGGUGUCCAGAGUGACCCCGGUGCCGCCCCUGUACAACGCGGGCAGGUCGAGCCGGACAUCCAGGCCUGCAACACAAAGCGGUUCAAACUACGGCCGGGACACGUUUGUCUGACGCAGAGUGGAAGGGAACCUUUGAUUUUGGUUUUUAUUUCCCACCAGUGUCCAUUUCAGUCGACAACAUUAGAGCCUUGUUUCCUUUGAGUGGUACGGUACGGCUUAGAAUGGUUCAGGCAGUCCCGGGGGGGCUUUUCCACUCUAAGUGGGACUGUCACGGCGAAUGGUACGGUUCGGUCCAGCUUUAGAAUGUAAAAAAAUACCGGACCGUUCCGUUCAGUGGAAAGGGGCUUCAAUCAACCUUGUGGUUUUAGCCUCAUUUACAAAAACUGUUAAGAAUUAAGUGAUUUGCUUUGAAAGCAAAAUUCAAAACUAUACAUAUCCACUCUCAAGAGUGCAGUGUGAACGUGCACUCAACCAAACUUGUGUCUUUUUGUAGCUUUCUUGCCCCAAUGGUCAAAAAUCUAUAGAACUAUAAUCAUGUGUAAAUAAUUAGUCCG